AGCCAUUUUUACUCCAGCGGCCUCGGCCUCGAAGCCUCUUCCCCGUGCCCUCCAGUUCUGCGCGAUGGCCAGUGCACCCACGUUCUCUCAACGUCGCGCCCCGGCCUCGCAGAGUGCCGCGCAGGGUCGCUCAGUCGCAGCGCAGGGCCGCCGUGGCCCGAUCACCGGGGAGAUUGUGGUGUUUGCUGAGCCCGUUCCAGUGCACUUCGAUACCAUCUCGUCGUUGUCAGUUGCAUCUCUCGACUACACCCUGCUGGUGCGAGCUACCAAAACCCACGGCGUGUGGAAGACGAAGAACGGCGCGCACAUUCGGGCCAUCGAGGUGGAGGACGUCAGCCGCAAGGUGACCUUGAAGGAGUUCGGCGCGGCGCCGCGGGUGCUGAAGGGGUGCGCAGAAGGGGACCUGCUCAUAGUUCAGAACUUUUGAGGUGCAGGAGUACGAGGGGGAACUCAACUUGAUUCCCUCUGUGGGCAGUGUCAUUGCGAAGCUGCUGCCCAACGUGAUCGUCCCGAGUGCUGUGACGCCCUCGCAGCUGGACAUUCAGCUGUCGACGGUGAAGGACAUCCAGGGGGAGCCGAACGCGCUGCAUUCUUUUGCGGGGACGAUCCGCGUCGCCGGCGACCCCAUCACUGAGAAGCGGGCCUCCCUGGACGUCAUGGUGGACGUCCAGUCUGGCGACGGGCGCCCGCCACAGGGCAUCCGGCUUCGCCUGUGGGACGAGAUGGUCGGGACAUUCCAGAGGUUCGGGUGCAAAAAAGGAUCCAGCAUUUUGGUUCUGGACGGGAAGUCAUGGGGUGGUGGCAUCCAGGCGUGGCCAGGAACGGCCCGCAUUCGCGUGUUGCCCAGCGACGCUCCGCUCCCAAGCCCUGCCCCGCCCGCGACGCAGGCGCGCGCGGCGGCGCACAGCCCAAGCGGGCAGGGUGGCCCCCCUCGCCCAGGCGCGCCGCCUGCGACGGAGCCAGCAGCCGCCGGCGGGGCAAGUGGCGGCCUUGCAGCGCCCCAGCCUGCAGACUCAGCGCUGGGGGCUGACCCUGCGGCAGCGGCAAUUGAGCGGCAGCUUGCGGCGGCGCAGCAACGGAUGGCGUCGACUCGUGAUCCCACGGAGCUGCAGGAGCUCGUUGUGCAGGUGGGCGGUCUGUUACAGGACUUUGCCAUCGUUUCUGCAACGUUGCCUGGGUCAUUUUCUUUCAGAACGCCCCAGACUUAGUUGUUCGUUGAGCGCUGUGACAUUGCGCCCCUGGGGGCAUAUGUCGGGGGGGGCGCGUGCACUUUCGAGGGCACCGG